AUGUUGGCUGUGGCCUUCCGUCCUGCCGUGGCAUUUGCUGAUGUCUCAUCCUUCAGUCCUGAGUCCUGCCCUUAUCGAGUCCCUGGUGACAUCCAAAAUAUAAAGGCAGAGAUAAAGAAAAUCACAAAGGUAGAUGAACAGAAAGAAGAGAGAGACAGACAAGGAAAGAAGAGAUCAGGGAGUGUCAGAGAGAGGAAAGAGAAAGAAAAAAAGGCCGAUGCUGCUACCAGUUUUCUGAGGGCAGCAAGAUCGGGGAACUUGGAUAAAGCUUUGGAUCAUCUGCGGAAUGGGGUAGAUAUUAACACCUGUAACCAGAAUGGGUUAAAUGGUUUACAUCUGGCUUCAAAAGAAGGCCAUGUGAAAAUGGUGGUGGAGCUCCUGCAUAAGGAAAUCGUUUUAGAAACAACAACGAAGAAGGGGAACACAGCCUUGCACAUUGCUGCCCUAGCAGGUCAGGAUGAAGUGGUCCGGGAACUUGUCAACUAUGGAGCAAAUGUCAAUGCACAGUCUCAGAAAGGCUUUACACCCCUUUAUAUGGCGGCACAAGAAAAUCACUUGGAAGUUGUUAAGUUUCUGCUGGAAAAUGGAGCAAAUCAGAAUGUUGCAACAGAAGAUGGCUUCACACCAUUGGCCGUGGCACUACAGCAGGGCCAUGAGAACGUGGUGGCUCACCUGAUCAACUAUGGGACAAAGGGAAAGGUGCGUCUGCCCGCCCUUCACAUCGCAGCCCGGAAUGAUGACACGAGGACCGCUGCGGUCCUGCUCCAGAAUGACCCAAAUGCAGAUGUACUGUCCAAGACAGGAUUCACCCCGCUCCACAUAGCAGCCCACUAUGAGAACCUCAAUGUGGCCCAGUUAUUACUAAACCGGGGAGCCAGUGUCAACUUUACUCCACAGAAUGGCAUAACUCCCCUGCACAUUGCUUCUCGGAGGGGGAACGUGAUCAUGGUACGACUCCUGCUGGAUCGAGGGGCUGAGAUAGAAACCAGGACCAAGGAUGAAUUGACUCCUCUCCACUGUGCAGCUAGAAAUGGGCAUGUGCGAAUCUCAGAGCUCCUGCUGGACCACGGGGCACCCAUCCAGGCCAAAACCAAGAAUGGCUUGUCCCCUAUCCACAUGGCAGCUCAGGGAGAUCAUUUAGACUGUGUGCGGCUCCUGCUCCAGUACAAUGCAGAAAUAGAUGACAUCACCCUGGACCACCUCACGCCUCUCCACGUAGCGGCCCACUGUGGCCACCAUAGAGUGGCCAAGGUGCUUUUGGACAAAGGGGCCAAACCCAACUCCAGAGCCCUGAACGGCUUCACGCCCUUACACAUUGCCUGUAAGAAGAAUCACAUCCGCGUGAUGGAGUUGCUGCUGAAGACAGGAGCUUCCAUAGAUGCCGUCACAGAGUCUGGACUGACCCCACUACAUGUAGCGUCCUUCAUGGGGCACCUUCCCAUUGUGAAGAAUCUUCUGCAGCGGGGAGCAUCACCUAAUGUCUCCAAUGUGAAAGUGGAGACACCACUGCACAUGGCAGCCAGAGCUGGGCACACAGAAGUAGCCAAAUAUUUACUCCAGAACAAAGCCAAAGUUAAUGCCAAGGCCAAGGAUGACCAGACCCCACUUCACUGUGCAGCUCGUAUUGGCCAUACAAACAUGGUGAAACUUCUCCUGGAAAAUAAUGCCAACCCCAACCUUGCCACGACUGCAGGACACACCCCUUUGCACAUCACAGCACGAGAGGGCCAUGUGGAAACAGCCCUGGCCCUACUAGAAAAGGAAGCUUCUCAGGCUUGCAUGACCAAGAAAGGAUUUACCCCUCUCCAUGUUGCUGCUAAAUAUGGAAAGGUAAAUGUGGCUGAAUUGCUGCUGGAGAGGGACGCCCAUCCAAAUGCAGCUGGAAAAAAUGGCCUCACCCCUCUCCAUGUCGCUGUCCAUCACAAUAAUCUGGAGAUUGUGAAACUUCUACUCCCUCGAGGAGGCUCACCACACAGCCCUGCUUGGAAUGGCUAUACCCCUCUGCACAUAGCAGCCAAACAGAACCAGAUGGAGCUUGCCAGCAACCUGCUACAAUAUGGGGGGUCUGCAAAUGCCGAGUCGGUACAAGGCGUGACACCCCUUCACCUCGCGGCCCAGGAGGGUCAUGCAGAAAUGGUCGCUCUGCUACUCUCAAAACAAGCCAACGGCAACCUCGGGAACAAGAGUGGCCUCACUCCUCUCCAUCUGGUGGCUCAAGAGGGCCAUGUUGCAGUAGCAGAUGUGCUCAUCAAACAGGGGGUCACAGUGGAUGCCACUACCCGGAUGGGCUAUACUCCAUUGCACGUGGCCAGCCAUUAUGGAAACAUCAAGCUGGUAAAGUUCCUGCUCCAACACCAAGCCGACGUAAAUGCAAAGACCAAGCUAGGAUACACUCCUUUGCAUCAAGCGGCUCAGCAAGGACAUACAGAUAUUGUGACCCUGCUGCUGAAGAAUGGUGCUUCCCCCAAUGAGGUCAGCUCGAAUGGAACCACUCCUUUGGCCAUUGCCAAGCGUCUCGGCUACAUUUCUGUAACGGAUGUCCUGAAAAUUGUCACAGAUGAGACGGGUGUUGUGGUAAGUGCAUUAGUCAGCGACAAGCACCGAAUGAGCUUCCCAGAGACAGUGGAUGAGAUUCUGGACGUCUCUGAAGAUGAAGGGGAGGAACUCAUGGGCUCCAAACCCGAAAGGCCAGAUUCCAGGGAUGCAGAUGAAGAGAAGGAGCUCUUGGACUUUGUACCCAAGCUAGAUCAAGUGGUGGAAUCUCCAGCCAUUCCCAGAAUUCCAUGUGUCACACCUGAGACUGUGGUGAUCAGGGCAGAAGAGCCAGAACAGGCAUCCAAAGAAUUUGAUGAAGAUUCCUUAAUUCCCAGCAGCCCAGCAACAGAGACCUCAGAUAAUAUUAGUCCUGUGGCCAGCCCAGUACACACAGGGUUCCUAGUGAGCUUCAUGGUGGAUGCCCGUGGGGGUUCCAUGAGGGGAAGUCGGCACAAUGGCCUGCGGGUCAUCAUCCCACCUCGAGCAUGUGCAGCUCCCACUCGCAUCACUUGCCGCCUGGUCAAGCCCCAGAAGCUAACCACACCACCACCCUUGGCUGAGGAAGAGGAGGACAGCCGCACCUGCCUGCUUCCUUCUUGCCCGGCUGAACUGCCCCGGCCAGCUGGUAUGCAGGGGCUAGAAUUACAGGGCCCUGACGUCACCCUCGGCCCCGCCUGGGGUGGCUCUGUCGGAGGGCAGAUGUACAGAGCCGGGGUUGCCUGGGCUCUGGGGCUCCUCCCUUCCUCUCACCCCGAAGGAGAACUAGAUGAAGCCCCUCGGGAGCUCGUGAACCCUGGGGGAGAAUGA